GCUAAUAACCCUGCUUUGGUCAUGACACAAUAGGUACAUAUGUUGAAACAUUGAAUUGUACCCCAUAAAUUCGUAUUAGGAUUGUAUGUCAUCUUAAAGAAAUCAAGAGUUUUAAGAAGGAUAAUUGACAUGGAUAAGAACAUGGCAUGCAGAACAUAAAGUCUGGGCGUGUUGCUCAGUCGGGGAACACUUUCCUAGCAUACAGAAGGCUCUAGGUCUGGCAAUCUCCCCCCACCUUCCAGGCGUCAGCACUGCCAUAUGCAUUUUGUAUUCCUUUAAGUGUCCUAGUAGCCUAAGUAGCAAGGAAGACUGGAAUGAAGGGAAUUCAAAUUUUAUAUUUUAUACGAGGGACAAGGCCUUCAGGAAACGGUUAUCCUAGUUUUAACAUGAUACAAAAACCUAUAAAUAUUUAGAGAAAUAAAAAAAAUUACUUGAGUGAAACAGAACCAAUGCUUUAAAUAUGAUGUUAGCGAAGAAAUAAAGUGCCAUUUCCACAUAUAUUUGGUUUGAAUAUAACUUAAAAUCUGAAUAUUCAGCAAAUAAGAAUUUUGUGGAGUUGUUUACGGAAAAGGCUUUCGGAAGUCGUGGGGGAAAGGAAGGCACUCACAGUUGCAGGCACCAGGUGGCGCUCGUGACUCGAGGGAGAGAGUUGUGUCCUCGCCUGGGCGGCACAGUCCGGCAUCCAUAGGAAAACGACUCCAUCGGGCUGAACGCUGUGCACGAAUCCUUUGAACCUUCUCAAAAAACCCCAGCGCGACUUUAAACCUGGACUGAGGUCUCUGGUGCUGUAAGUGCAAAGACUUUUUAUUUUAGAAGCCAAUUUCCUAUGCCAUGUUAGGCUUUCAGACAAGGGGAUUGGGAUCCCCGCGUCUGCUGCUCCCCUGGCUGCUCCUCCCCGCGCUCUGGGCGGCCGGGCGCGGGCAGCUGCGCUACGCGGUCCCCGAGGAGGCCCAGCACGGCACGUUCGUGGGCCGCCUCGCGCAGGACCUGGGGCUGGAGCUGGCGGAGCUGGUGCCGCGCCUGUUCCGGGUGGCGUCCAAGGAGCGCGGGGAGCUGCUGGAGGUGAACGUGCAGAAUGGCAUUUUGUUUGUGAACGCGCGGGUGGACCGGGAGGAGCUGUGCGGGCGGAGCGCGGAGUGCAGCCUCCACCUGGAGGUGAUCGUGGACAGGCCGCUGCGGGUGUUCCACGUGGAGGUGGAGGUGGAGGACAUCAACGACAACGCGCCCGAGUUCCCCCUCAAAGAGCAGAAGCUGCUGAUUUCGGAAUCUAAGCAGCCCGAGUCCCGCUUUCCACUCGAGGGCGCGUCGGAUGCGGACACGGGGGAGAACGCUGCGCUGGUCUACACACUCAGUCCAAACGAGCAUUUUUCUCUAGAAUCGCCAACAACUAGUAAGCAGACGAAAAGACUGUCCCUUGUAUUAAAAAAGCCUCUGGAUAGAGAGAAAGCCCCGGAAUUCAACUUGCUCCUGACGGCUACCGACGGAGGGAAACCUGCACUCACAGGCACAGCGCAGCUGGUGGUUCGAGUCCUGGAUGUCAACGACAAUGACCCGGAAUUUGAUCAAUUAGAAUAUAGGGUGAAGUUGACGGAAAACACCCCCGAGGGAACUCUUGUGAUAAAGCUGAACGCCACGGAUCGAGAUGAAGGAAUCAACCGCGAGGUCACCUACGCCUUGUUAUCGGUCAAGCCCAGCGGAAGACGCUUAUUUACACUGGAUGAAAAGAGUGGAGAAAUAAGGGUGAAUGGAACGUUGGAUUACGAAGAAAAUAACUUUCACGAAAUUGAAGUGCAGGCCACGGAUAAGGGGACGCCCCCCAUGGCCGGCCACUGUACAGUGUGGAUCGAAAUCUUGGACACCAAUGACAAUUCCCCCCACAUCGAAGUGAAUUCUCUCUCAUUCUCCGUCCCCGAGGACGCUGAGCCCGGCACCGUGAUCGCCCUGGUGAGCGUGUCCGACCGCGACGCCGGCGCCAACGGGCAGGUGAGCUGCUCGCUGCCGCCACACCUGCCCUUCAAGCUGGCGUCCACCUUCAGGAACUACUACUCCCUGGUGCUGGACAGCGCCCUGGACCGCGAGGCCACCGCGGGCUACCAGGUGGUGGUGACGGCGCGGGACGGGGGCUCGCCCCCGCGGUGGGCCACGGCCAGCGUGUGGGUGGAGGUGGCCGACGUGAACGACAACGCGCCCGUGUUCGCGCAGGCCGAGUACACGGUGUCGGUGCGCGAGAACAACGCGCCCGGCGCGCACAUCUGCACGGUGAGCGCGCGGGACGCGGACGCGCAGGAGAACGCGCGCGUGUCCUACGCGCUGGUGGAGCGGCGCGUGGGCGAGCGCGCGCUGUCGAGCCUCGUGUCGGUGCACGCGCAGAGCGGCCGCGUGCACGCGCUGCAGCCGCUGGACCACGAGGAGCUGGCGCUGCUGCAGUUCCAGGUGAGCGCGCGCGACGCCGGCGCGCCUGCGCGGGGCAGCAACGCCAGCCUGCAGCUGUUCGUGCUGGACGAGAACGACAACGCGCCGGCGCUGCUGGGGCCGGCCGGGGGCGGGGCGCGGAGCCACGCGCUGGCGCGCUCGGCGGGCGCGGGCCACGUGCUGACCAAGGUGCGCGCGCUGGACGCGGACUCGGGCUACAACGCGUGGCUGGCGUACGAGCUGCAGCCGGCGGCGGCCGGGGCGCGCAGCCCGUUCCGCGUGGGGCUGUACACGGGCGAGAUCAGCACCACGCGCGCCCUGGACGAGGCGGACGCGCCGAGGCAGCGCCUGGUGGUGCUGGUGCGGGACCACGGCGAGCCCGCGCUCACGGCCACGGCCACGCUGCUGGUGUCGCUGGUGGACGGCGCUCCGUCGCCGAAGCUGUCUGCGCGCGCGUCGGCGGGCCGCGUGGGCGCGGAGGCGUCGCCGCUGGACGUGAACGCGUCGCUGAUGGUGGCCAUCUGCGCGGUGUCCGGCCUGCUGGUGCUGACGCUGCUGCUGUGGGGGGCGCUGCGGUGCUGCGGGGCGGCGCGGAGCGAGGGCGCGUGCGCGCCGGGGAAGCCGGUGCUGGUGUGCUCCAGCGCGGUGGGGAGCUGGUCCUCGUGCCGGCAGAGGAGGCCCGGGCUGUGCUCCGCCGACGGCCCGCCCAAGGCCGACCUCAUGGCCUUCAGCCCGGGUCUGACUCCCAAUUUGGAUAGGGAAGAUGAAAGGGAGAGACAAGAUUCAGGAUCUAACCACGCUGGACAGGUGAGUUUUCCAAUAUAA